AUGGAUCCAAUCUCAGCGUUGAGUCUCGUGGCGAAUAUCUUUGCAGUUAUAAGUUUUACUGAUGAAGUCCUCUCGACUGCGGCGCAAAUCAAGGAACAGGGAAGCAUCGAGCGCCAUGGUGAGCUCUUUCUGCUUAGCAGAGAUCUGCAACAGACUGCUGGACGGCUGCGUACUUCGAUCGAGCAGCCUUCGAACGAGAAGCAGUCUCAGCAAAAUGCGGCAGACAAGGAGAUGGUCGAGCUUGCGUCCAAGGCGGUUGCGACAGCAUCGCAUGUGUCCGAGAUGAUGGACAAGAUUCGGCCCAAGGAUUUAGCCGUAUGUAACGUCAUCAAAAAGACAGCACUUACGCUUUGGAGGAAACGUGAAAUCGAGGAGGCAGAGCAGAGACUGAAGGGCCUUCGUGAUCAGCUCAACUUCCGGGUCGUGGUCAGUCUCAGGGACAGAUUGGACGCGCAGGCAACCUUGGGCAGUGAAACUUUUAUGGCCCUGGACACACAGACGAGGGAGAUCGCUGCCAAAUUCCUCGAGAGCCAGGUGGGCCUGGAUGCCAUUCUCUCUGCCCAGCUGGACAGCAAUGAACAAGCUGCGCGACGACAUAGGGAGAUCAUGGCGAGCCUGGGCAAAGGCGAGCCCGAGAGCCAAGACCCCAUCAUUUCAACCGAAUUCAGCUCGAAGAAACAGCUCUGGAACAUGGAUCGGGCAUUCCGAAGCUCGCUGUGGUAUCCGACGAUGGAGGAGCGAGAACAAGGAAUAUGGUCCCCUCACAAGGGCACUUUGGACUGGGUGUUCCAAAGCAGUCCGGCAGAGACUCAGGUGCCGUGGGAUGAUUUCAACAACUUUGUGACUGAGGGCUGCGGCACAUAUUGGAUCACCGGAAAGGCGGGCUCUGGGAAGAGCACUCUUAUGAAGCACAUCAACAUGCACCCAAAGCUGGACGAUGCUUUGACACGCUGGGCGGCAGGGCGGGAACUGUUCAAAGCCUCUUUCUAUUUCUACUAUCUCGGCACAGAGAUGCAGAAGUCGGGAAUUGGACUACUGCGGUCUCUAGUCCUUGCGUUGAUGAAGGCCUCCCACCCAAAGACGAAUGGCGUGUUCUGGCGGAACGAGGAACAGAGGUUCUUCACUCACCUUGGCUCUGGCGAUCUAGCGUUAUCCACGGAACGCGUCAAGAUUGCGUUCCCAGAGCGCUUCGAAUCAAUGCAAUUAUCAUCGGAACGGCCGACCUCGUUCGAGCCAAGCCGCAAUGAGCUGUUGAUGGCGCUGAACAGGAUUCUCCAGCAGCAACCCAACGCAUGCUUCUUUCUCUCGAUAGAUGGGCUCGACGAAUAUGACGCUGUGAGUACCGAAAUGAGCGACUUGGCUGGGAUUCUGAAGGCCAUCUGCCAGCGGGAUAAUGUCAAAGCGGUUAUCUCCAGCCGACCUUGGGCUGUAUUCGAGGACGCAUUCGCAGCAAGUCCACGUCUGCAGCUUCACCAGCUCACUCAUCAAGACAUUAGCUUCUACGUCAGCGACAAAAUGGAACAUGAUUUUAGAAUGCAAAGGCUUCUAAAAUCUCACCCAGAGGAGUCAAAAGCGCUGAUGGAAGAAGUCGUUGAAGCAUCGGCAGGUGUCUUCCUCUGGGUCCGUCUCGUCGUGCAGAGUCUGAUGGUAGGCCUCAUGAACAGAGAUGGCGUUGCUGACUUACAACGCCGCCUCCGUGAACUCCCAACUGACUUGGACGAGCUCUACCGGGUGAUGCUGAGACGGGUCCCAGAUUCGUAUCGGCCCCAGACCUCUCGACUGCUUGAACUUGCCUAUUAUGGGACUCGGGAUAGAUGGAAGCUGAGCGUCUUUGGACUACAUUACGCAUUCGAACUGGAUGAGGAAAAAGUCUUGGAGGUUCCAAUCGGACCUUUGCCAUCAGAAGAAUUGGCCGAAGUCACUGAAGAUAUGGAGAGAAUUCUUCAGAGUCGUUGCCUGGGUUUCGUGGAAGUGGUGCCCGUAGAUACGACAUGGCUGGCACAUGCGCUGACCCCAGCCCGGGAGAACAAUAGCCAACCAGACACUUGGUCUCAAUACAUCACGCACUGGAAGGAUGCAUCAUUCGAGCCAACCGUUGCAUUACUCAGCUCAGCAAUUCAUACACUGAAGAGGCUUCAAUUCGACAACUCGAUGGAGUCGGUUGGCAUAAUCAGAUCAAUGGCCCUCUAUGCAGGGUAUCGAGCUCUCGAAGCCGAGCAGCUGACGAAACGAGCCUCCCCAGGGCUGUUACUUGAGCUGGACCGGGUGAUGGGUAUCCACUUUAAAGACCUACUUGUGCAAGGUCGGUUGAACGACGGCAGCCUCGUAUCACGGCAUAAAUGGACUGCUGACGAGCCUCAUAUAUCUGUUGAUCCCGAGCUUGUCAAGUUCCUUCAGGGUUUGUCGCGGAAGGCGCUGUUUUCGAAGGAGCAUGUCCUGGGAAUGUGGUCAAAACGGAGGUCUAGAAAGAGGGAUGUGCUCAGGCAGCCUAUGAUCCCGUCAGGGCUGUAG